AAUCUUUUUUCCAAUCUCUGCAUGCCCUUUCUUUCUUUCUUUCUUUCUUCUUCUAUUCACUCGAUUUCAUUUUCACUCUCGUCCCCACCAAAAAAAUAAAUAAAUCUUUUUAUUUAUUUAAAAAUUUUAAUUUGAUUUUCCAAUUUCAUCAUCGAUAAUGAGGUGGGAAAAGAUUGAGGUUAAGGCGAUAGGAAAAGAGGGUGAAGGUGGAGAACUCAUAUCUGGGCCAGGCAAAAGGUGGGGUCACACAUGUAACUCCAUUAAUGGUGGUAGACAUAUCUAUGUCUUUGGUGGUUAUGGCAAAGAUAACUGCCAAACUAAUCAAGUUCAUGUCUUUGACACUGUGAAUCAGAUAUGGAGCCAGCCUGAAAUAAAAGGCUCUCCGCCUACUGCUAGGGAUAGUCACACUUGCAGUGUUAUUGGUCAUAAACUGUUUGUGUUUGGGGGUACUGAUGGGAUGAAUCCACUCAAGGAUUUGCAUAUUUUAGACACUUCUUUGCAAACAUGGGAUUCUCCGGUUAUAAGAGGACAAGGGCCGGAGGCACGAGAGGGUCAUAGCGCGGCUGUUGUUGGGAAACGGCUUUAUAUUUUUGGUGGUUGUGGAAAAUCUGCUGAUAAUAACAAUGAGGUUUACUACAAUGAUCUUUACAUACUGAAUACAGAGACGCUUGUUUGGAUGCGCCCUACAACAUCAGGCACACCACCAUCUCCUCGUGAUAGCCACACUUGCUCAUCGUGGAAGAACAAAAUUAUUGUGAUAGGGGGUGAAGAUGGGCAUGAUUAUUAUUUGUCUGAUGUUCAUAUCCUUGACACUGAUACUCUAAUGUGGAGGGAGCUGGGUACAUCAGGCCAAUUAUUACCACCUCGGGCUGGUCAUUCCACAGUUUCUUUUGGCAAGAAUUUGUUCGUUUUCGGUGGAUUUACAGACGCUCAAAAUCUAUACAAUGACCUUUAUAUGCUUGAUAUUGAUACUGGUAUUUGGACAAACGUUACAACUACAACCAAUUGUCCUUCUGCUAGAUUUUCUGUAGCUGGUGACUGUUUAGACCCAUUUAAGGGUGGUGUUCUUGUGUUUAUCGGCGGUUGUAAUAAAAGUCUUGAAGCCCUGGAUGAUAUGUAUUACCUAUAUACAGGUAUUGCUAGGGAAAGUGAACAGAGACCAGAGAAGUUAUCUAUGAAGAAGCAAUUGAAGCUGAAAUGCCAAGAAGAACAAAACCUCAUUCCUGGCCAAAAUCAAGUUAUGGUUGGAUAUGGAGUGGGUGCUGAUAUUGGCCAGGUCAUGAGUGUGCUGAAUUAUAACCAGCCAAAUAGACCAAAUAUCCCAGUAAAUCAAUUGCUGCCUUCUCAUGGAAAGAAAUCAUUUGAAGCCAAGGUUACUGAAAACAUCUCUGAAGGAUACACUAUUGAAACUGUUAUUGAUGGAAAGCCUCUUCGUGGAAUUCUGUUUUUAAACAAACAAAACCCUCUUCAGCCAUCUGCUCAUGCUCUUAGUAGGAAAAGGACUGCUGGUGAAAUUGAUGGUGGCAUCUCAAAUGGUACACAUUCAAAUAUGUUUCCGAAAGUGCUUAAGCAAAGUCAAAUGGAAAAUAGACAUCCAGAAUCUCUCGGUCACAGUUCUGAUGCUGUCGUUGCACUUGCAGCAAGCAAUCCAAUAACUGCCAAUGCUUCUGUUAACCAUAAGGUUGAACCAGAAGCUGCUUCUUUGAAUCAAAAUGCUGAAAAAACUGAAACACCAACCUUGGGGGAAAACAUGAAAAAUGAUGGGGCAAAUCAUGGGACAAAUUCCAUAGUUGAAGACCAAACAAAUGUUCAAACAAAUGUGGUGAUUCCUAACUUAGAAGCUUCAAGUCAUGAUAAAAAUAACGACACACCAAACUGCAGCACAGAAUUUCUGAAACCUGCCACAGCCGAGAGUGCUGUGAAUUUCUCAAAUCAAGGUGCAGUGGUGGAUUCUACAACUCCAAGAACAGGAGAAUGCAGUGAACCGACAAAAUGAAUUUGAGCUGAGGAGAACGAAAAUGAAGACCUUGUUUGCUUUGCAUUUGUACAUACCUCAUCUUCUGAUGGUGAUCAUAAAGGUCAAUCAAUAUAACCGGUGGUAUUGGUAUAGGCUAACAUCGUCAAAUGGUCGGUCAAAAACACUAUUGUGUUGACGCCUGUUUGAUCCGCAUUUUUUAUUGAACAAGAAACCAUGGUUACCUUAGGUGUAGGUAGGUGAUAAAAAGUAGUUUUUAGUUUGAAACCAUAGAGUUAUCAUUAUCUAUUUAUUAUUUCCAUUCAUACUUCUUUCUUUCAUUGCUAGGAAAGAAAAUUUUGUUAGAAGCUUUUCUUUUGAUUCUGUUAUCAGGUCAUAGAAUGAAACCUUAUUUUAUUUUAAUUGUUUUGAAAUUGGAUCAAACUUGAUCUUAAAUGUUUUGAGCCUUGUUAAUGACAUGUGACAGAAAUAUAUGAGUUUCUUUGUUGCUUAGAAAGUUGGAAAUAUAAGAAGCUAUGAAUUGAGGAUGCUUGUGAUAUGUAUAAUUGAUUUGGGUCAUGCGAACGAGUGCCCCAGGGGCACUGCUUAAGCAUUCCAAAUUAAGAAAAUAUUUUAGAUUUAAUGC